UGAUACUUCAGUAGACCGCGGGCGGCGCGCGAGGCGGCACGGGCCACGACACGACAAAUACUACACAAAAUCAUACAAUUAAUAUCAUAGGAGUAUUUGCAAAUAAACAAAUGACAAUCUAAAACUUUUUUGUGACAGUUAGGUACUCAAAGUUUGUGUUAGCUGAAACUAUGAUGAUGAUAACGUAGCGGGAAAAGUUUAAACUAAACUUUAUACAGUGUUUUCGCAGUGUUUACGUUGGUUGUUAUGAUGUCGAACUUGAUUAAAACAAAAGACGAAGAAUGCCCAUUAAAAUCUUAUUGAACAGUUAGUACAAGAGACGUCGAGAUGGCAACGGAAACUGUUCCGAACUUCGCAACGAUCACGAGUCAUAAUCGAAGUGGCAGUCACAAGCCACUUGACUGGACGGUACUGGUGGACGGGUUGAGGAAUUCGUACAACUUGUCUAAGAACGCGCAGGCGAGUUGCACCUACUGUGAAGGAAGCUUCCGUGACGUCAUACUGGCCUAUAACAGCAUCCAUGGAUAUAUUAGCCUGAUGGUAUGUUUCUUCGGCAGCCUGGCGAAUGCUCUGAACGUGGCGGUGCUGACGCGGCGCGAGCUGGCGGCGGCGCCCAUCAACCGCCUGCUGAAGUGGCUGGCCGUGGCCGACGUCUUCGUGAUGCUGGAGUACAUACCCUUUGUGGUGUAUCGGUAUCUGAUCCUGCCGGGGCAGCGCGAGAUGCCGUGGUGCUGGGCCGCGUACCUGCUGUUCCACAUGCACUUCGCGCAGCUCUUCCACACCGCCUCCAUCUGUCUCACGCUCUCGCUGGCUAUCUGGAGAUACCUGGCUAUCAAGUAUUCGGACAUGAACCACAUCCUGUGCACGGAGCGGCGCUGCAGCCUCGCCAUCCUCUGCAGCUUCCUGCUGCCGCCCGUGCUCUGCAUACCCACCUACUUGGUGUUCGACAUCCACCGGGCGUGGGUGCUGGAGCCGGGCGGGCUCACGGUGCUGUACCACGUGGACUCCGACGAGGAGGGCCGCCUCUACCAGGCCAACUUCUGGGUCCACGGGGUCAUCGUGAAGCUGCUGCCCUGCCUCAUCCUCACCGUCAUCAGCGUGUGGCUCAUCCGGGAGGUGUACCGCGCCAACCAGCACCAGAAGAAGAUCCGGGUCUACAACCCGUGCCCGACCAAUGUUAAGAACAUGAAGCGGCAGUACAAAGCUGACAAGCGGACGGACAGGACGACUAGGAUGCUGGUGGCCGUUCUUCUUUUGUUUCUGGCUACGGAGCUGCCGCAAGGGAUUCUGGGGCUGAUGAGCGGCGUGCUAGGCAGGUGCUUCUUCAAGCGCUGCUACGACUUGUUUGGAGAGCUGAUGGAUGCGCUGGCGCUGCUGAACGGGGCCAUCAACUUUGUGCUGUACUGCUGCAUGUCGCGGCAGUUCCGCAUGACGUUCGGCCAGCUGGUGUGGCGCUCCCGCCGCCUGCACGCCGCCCCGCUCACCGGAUCACACUCCGAUGGGCAGCACACAGCGAAAUCAUCGGUGCCUUGAGGGCGGGUUGUACAAGAGAAACAAGAUCUGGUUUUGAAACAUUUUUUAUAAAUACAUAGACGUACAUUACUUAUAAAUUGUAGGGUUAAGCUUAUUUAAUUAUUAUUAGUUUAUUUAUAAAAUAAUGGAAGUAAAAAUAAUACUUUAAGUAAGUUUUAAAAGAGGAAUCAUCUGCGAUACAUUACAAAAAUUAUUUCACCAUUAAGUAGGUUUAAUGCUACAUUACGAGUGUUAUACUAUAUUGGAGUGGUUAGAAUUGUGGUUUCUUUCUAAUCAGCAAUUACCUCAGGAAACCCUUAAAUCACGAAUGAAAAAAUAAAUCCCGAUGCGAAGCUCGCACGGAAAAGCUUAGCUCUUAGCUUAGGUUACUUACUCAUAAAGUAAGCCCUCAACGACAUCAACACGAGAACUAAACAACAACAACAUGUGAGUCAAGCGUCAAGCAUGACAUGAAUAUAAAACAUAUUUCAUUUAUAAUGUAAAUCCUAUCGUCUCCAUAUUACGUACAUUACAUACUAAAACGAGUUUUAUUAGAAAAAACAUGUAUGAUGGUAUUUUUUAGAUAAUAAGAAUUAUUAGAAUAUCCUAUUUUAAUUUGUUUCAACAUUUCAUAAAAAUAUAGGAAAAACCCUGUAGUGUUGUUGUUUAUUUACUAGUCAAUUGUAUGCCAUAAUAUUUUUGUUCACGGCAUCUCAACAACAAACUUUUCCGGAGGUAGCUAACGCUAAGGUUUUAUCACCAAUAUAAUUGUAUGAACUCGUAGAUGCGAAAGAAAUAUUGUUUCCCAUACAAUAUUCCGCAUGUAACUAAAGGUCACAAGAUAUUUUACUAUGGGCAGUUUUUAUAUUUUCAUCAUUAUCCAUAAAUUUAUCACUAUUAGCUAGUACUAGCAUAUGGCUUAACAUAGCAUCAAACUGAGCUAGAACCCGUUUCAGCACCGGAAAGCAAUUUUUUAUUACUUUUCAACUCUUCAGUAUUAGGUUUAAACUUAUUUUUGUGUUGUAUCUGUGUAUGUAUGAAAUAAAUAUAUUUUCUUUCUAUAUAUUUUCUACUUUGUCUUAUGUAUACGUAUGAUCUAUUUCCUUCACCUACUAUAUAUAGAAAUAUAGAACAUUAUGGACUCUUCAUACUCAAUGUUCACCUACAAUAGUUAAUACGGUUUAAUCGAACUAUCCAAGUAAAUAGACACUCAAAAAGUUAUAUCCGCACGAUGAGUUGCAAACUAUCAUGAAAGCUUUAUGAAUUCAAUGAACGUAUGGUUAUGAAUAUUUCGUAUUUACUGAAAUAAAUAUAACGUAUAUACGACGAAAAUUUAUUUUUAUAUUACGAUACUAUUUUGUGCUAUAAAAUUUUAUGAAAUUAAAAAUAUAUAUUUGCAUUUAAUUUUAAAUAUCAUAAUUUUUUAUAAAAAAAAAUUAGUAAGUCCAAAUGCAAAUGUUAAUUUGAAAAUAAAAACCUACAGAAACUGUCAACAUCAGAAAGCAUAAAUUAAUAUAAGUUCAUAAACUUUAACCUGACUACUGGAAAAAAGCGCAAAAAAGUUUGAAAUAAGUUUUGUUUAACUUUAUCUCUAUUAAAUUUUUUAGGAGUUGAUUCUCACACAAGAUUUCAUUUACAUG